AUAACUGUUAUUCAGCGUCAAUAACAAGGUCAAACUCAAUCCAAGCGAGAUGUUUGCAGAAGUCUUUCUUUUCUACUUGUUAUCUUUGAUCCCUCUGUGCAUGGCCACCAGUCAGCAACGUGAACCCGCAGAGCAGUCAGAGAGUGGCAAAGCUCUCAAAGGUCACAUCUUUAAAUCGAAAAGGGUUCAAGAUCCGCACGAAUGUCUGAUGUUCUGCUACAGCGAACUCACAUGUCAGAGCUACAAUUACGUCAUGACUGGUAAUUUUUGCGAGCUGAAUAACAGAACCAAAGAAGCAAGACCUAGAGAUUUUGUCCGAGAUGAGACUAGAUUUUACAUUCGACGGUGGAAGAACAGAGGUUUAUUGUCACAUGGUAUCAGUUGAUCAGACCUGGACUCUCAUCGCUUGGUUUUCAAACAGUGACACUAAAAACUGGAUGGAUGACUCAGGAGACUGGUGGUAUGACUAUAAUGAAGUUGCAAGAGAAACCGCUGACCCGUCAUAUAAGGCAGACAUGAUCUCCCCGGCGUUCUGGCAGGUCAGUGGCAGUGAGCUUAAGAUCACGCGUAAUGAUGAUUCUGGAAACACCCCUCUAUUGCAAACAACAGGGAACUGUCUGAGCGGGAAGAUAUUCCGCUGCAAAAUUACCAGCUAUGGUGACUUCAGAAACGGUUCAGCCUGGUCCGGUGCAGCUAAAUCCGAAAAACUUCCGACAAACGACCAUGGAUUGAGAAUGGCGAAAACUUUGCCGUUCAUUCCCCAACCUGAUCGAUUGGCACGGAAGGCGAGUGACGAGCUGAUUGGCUAA